AUUUGUUUUAUUUUAAUUAUAUUGUUCCUGAUGUUUAUUUGUCUCCCAUUUCCGUUUAUAUAUUUUAAUCAAUUUCCUGCACACAAGAGGCGUUACAAAACCUUGAAACAUUCGGGUCGAGGUUAAUCUUAUCGCUAUGGGGUAGAUAGGGGAUAACAAAUCUGGCAUCUGGGACUAAAUUUUUAAAGAUAAAAUCAAACUGCAUUUGAAUAAAAUGGAAUUUAUUGAAUUUAUAACGAUACCAAAGCUGGAUGGAGUAAUAUUGCACUCUCCUUUCCAAGAACCAAUCGAUGGAACCCUUUGCAUUACUGGCCAUCAUUUAAUUUUAUCAACUCGGAAGGAAAAUGUACAGGAACUUUGGCUUUUAAUACAAGCAAUAGAUGCCAUAGAAAAAAAACAACAACCAAAUGCCCAACAGAAUAGUGGUUCAAUCAUAUUAAAAUGCAAAGAUCUUCGCCAAUUACAAUUGGACAUUCCAAGUAGCUAUGAUUUUCAAACUGUUUAUACUUCUAUAGAGCGUCUUGCCAAUUUAGAAAGGCAAGAACUGCUUUAUCCAUUCUUCUAUAGACCAAUGUAUAAUAUCUUAGAAGAUGGCUAUACAUUAUUUAGGCCAGAAACUGAAUAUUCUAAAUUGCUUGCAAGUGAUGAAUGGAGAAUAUCAUAUGUAAAUCAAAAUUUCUCAGUUUGUAGGAGCUAUAAUUCGGUUUUGGUUGUCCCAAAAUGUAUAGAUGAUAAUACUUUAAUUGCUGCCGCUAGUUUUAGAGAAGGAGGCAGGUUUCCUUUAUUAAGUUAUAGAUGUGAUAAUGGUGCUGUUCUCAUGAGAUGCAGUCAGCCCCUAACGAGUAACAGCAACAAAAGGUGCAGAUCAGAUGAACGAAUCCUAAAUUCCAUACUUGGGCCAUAUAAAAAGGGAUACAUUAUUGAUACAAGAAGUCCCGGACUGAUAAAUCACUAUAAAAGUAAAGGAGGUGGUACAGAACCAGAUGGCCACUACCCUCAAUGGAACAAAAUAUUUAAGAACUUAGACAAGCUGGUCAAGUGUGACGGGAGUGUGCUAGAACAUUUCAGCAAACUUAUUGAUGCCUGUAACGACACCUCAAUAACCACCGAAAAAUGGCUUUCAAGGCUAGAGAGCUCCCACUGGCUAACCCACGUUCAAAACGUCCUGAGCACUGCCUGUUUAGUUGCUCAGUGUUUAGAUAAAGAUGAAGCAUCCGUUCUAGUGCAUGGCUCGUCUGGUUUAGAUUCAACUUUGCUGGUGACUUCUGUGGCCCAAGUGAUACUUAACCCUGAUUGUCGCACAGUUAGAGGUUUACAGGCCCUGAUUGAACGCGAGUGGUUACAAGCAGGCCACCCAUUUCAAACGAGACAUUCGAACUUUUGUUACUCGAAUGGUAAAACCAAAGGGCAACAACCAACGUUUUUACUGUUUUUAGACUGCAUUCACCAGUUACACUAUCAGUUCCCCUAUAGUUUCGAAUUCACCACGCAAAUACUUAUUUUGAUUUUCGAGAACUCUUAUUUUAGUAAUUUUGGAACCUUUAUGGGCAACAACGAAUGCGAAAGGCAGGAAAUGAAGCUCUCUAAAACCACCACCAGUUUUUGGUCAUAUUUGAACAGGCCCGAUGUGAUAACGAAAUUUUUAAACCCGAUGUAUGAACCGAACAAGACGGCCAUAUGGCCUAGUAUUGCCCCUGUUAGUCUUCAACUGUGGAGUGACUUAUAUCUAAGAUGGAUCAUUAAUCCAAAAUAUCAAAAAAGUGCAAAAGAAAAGAUGCAUCAACUGAUCGAGCGUGACAAGGAUCUCAGAAGCAAAGUGAUCAAAAUGAGGAAACAAUUAAUUGAUCUUCAAAAGGAACUACAAAGUUUGUCUGUGGAAAAUGAGGAUGAAUUAGAUGAUUAAAUUUAGGUACAAAAUAUAUAUAGUUUUAUAUAAUGUAAGCAAAUUACAUACUAAAUUUAAUAUGAACUUGAUUAUUUAUUAUUCAUUACUGUACUUAUUUAUUUUUUUUUUUAAAUAUUCUUUAUAUGUUUUUCUUCAUAUGUACAGGGUUGUGUUUUAAUAACUCUUUUAUUGAAUUUGUCAGUUAUUAAAUCACAAUCCUAUAUAAAUCUAUAAAGCCAUUGCGAAAAAUGAAAUGUACAAAUAGAUUUAAUGAUAAUAUAAGUAUAUAAAUAUAUAAUAAUUUUUUUAA